CACCAACCCUAACCUAACAUAACUUAUUCCCAUAGAGUACCGUGCUUAUUUCCUGAAUUGCGAUCCGAUUUUGUCAUGCAAAAAGUCACGUGUUCGUGUAAUCAAAAUGAUCAAAAUCGUGAUCAGCUUUAAACAUUUUGAAUGGAAUUAUAAUCUUAAUAACGCGAUCUAACCUAACCUAACCCAACACAACUUCCCCGUAUCCUCCGGAUGUCUGAAUCGAAAAACCCAAGAAUUCAAGUAUAAUUUCGACGAUCUAUUUGUGGCAUUCACAUGCCGUUGUGAACUAACACAGGGAGUAUGCAGGCAUAAAAGUAACGUUAACUGAAGAUAUAUUGAUGCGACAGUACACAGAGUUCCUUACAACUGGACAGAAUAACGGCUAUAUAUCGUAAUUUAAUAUAUCGACGCACAUUGCUCGUUUCGUUAUGUGGGAUUGGGAAUCAAUUGACGUCGAAGAUGAGUCUGAGGAAAGAAUGGUAUUCAAACGGUAUGAGGAAUUGAUUAAUGACAAACAGGAUACGGAAGGUUUUGAGACUGUCAGUUCUGUUAUGCAGGAUGAGGUUGAAACUACCGUACUUAAGAUUUAUCAAGUCAUGCAACACCUCCAAGACCUUGAGGGUAAACUUCCACUACUCGCAAGAGACAAUCAUGUAUUCUACCUCAAAACUUCCUUGACGCAUCUUUCGCAGUCAUAUGAGUGUCUAGACAGUAGCAGACCUUGGCUCUGUUACUGGAUACUUCAUGCUCUGCAAAUACUAGGAGAAAGAUUAGAAGAUGAGGACUAUUCUCAUAUAGCGGGAUUCUUAGCAAAAUGCCAAUCACCAGAAGGUGGGUUUGGUGGAGGUCCAGGGCAACACCCCCAUCUGGCACCAACCUAUGCAGCUGUGAAUGCUCUCUGCACCAUUGGGACACCAGAAGCUUAUCAAACAAUAGACAGGCAGGGGCUCUGUCGGUUCUUGUCUUCUUUGAGAGAUGACGAGGGGGCGUUCAGUAUGCACGUUGGGGGAGAAGUUGACAUACGAGGGGCGUAUUGUGCUGUUUCUGUGGCCAGAUUAACAAACGUGUACCAUCCGGAAAUGUUCAAGAAUACUGGAGAGUGGAUAGCAAGUUGCCAGACGUGGGAAGGUGGUUUUGGUGGCUGCCCAGGCAUGGAAGCUCAUGGAGGAUACGCUUUCUGUGCUCUAGCUGCAUUACUGUUACUCGAAAAGUCCAAACUGUGUGAUAUAUCGUCAUUACUGAGAUGGACUGUGAAUAGGCAGAUGCGACUUGAAGGAGGUUUUCAAGGCAGAACUAAUAAGCUCGUUGAUGGAUGUUACUCCUUCUGGCAAGGUGGCGCCUUUCCCUUAAUACACGCACUUUUAUGCGAGCAAGGACAUAAAUCGAAGUUGUGGCUCUAUGACCAAGAAGCACUACAAAAGUACCUGCUAGCCUGCUGUCAACAUCCAUCAGGAGGGCUAUUAGACAAACCUGACAAGCCAAGAGACGUUUACCAUACGUGCUACACGCUGAGUGGAUUAUCUGUCGCCCAAAAUUCGCCCAUCCCUGUAGUCAUUGGCAACCGUCGGACGAAUGCUGUUGACACUGUGCAUCCAGUCUACAACUUGGUCCAAACUUGUGCAUCUGCAGCUCUUAAUUACUUUAAUACGUUAAAGAUUCCCGAAUUGGGCACCGUGUGCCGUUGAAUAUUAACGGACAAAGGACUAUCGACUUGAAUAUUUCCUACUUGGUCUUCAUUUCAGUAUUUUGACAAUUUACAGGGUAAACUCGUUGGUAGAAUCACUUGAAUAAUUCAAUGAGCAGACACGUCCUUUAACGUUUUUGGUUGUCUCACUACCCUGUGUAUACGCCUCUAAACUAUCGAUAACUUAUCUGGGCCUGUUUUACUUUAACCUGAGGUUAUUUUAUGCGGAAUUAUCGAUAAGGAUGCAGAAAAACUAACUGUGAUGACGAUUCAGGUCAAUCAGUGCAUCUGUGCAUUGACAGAAGAAUCCUAAGGACAGUCAACCUAUUGGGCUGUGUCUAGACAAAGGGUAGUGAAAGGUCCGACGGGAUUGCAGUUCUUUUUUGCAGGGCAUCUUUAAUUAUAUUCGGUUAACGGUCUACGUAAUCAUGAAAGGAAUUGACGUUUGCUUCAAAACUUGAUCGAUUAAAUAGUUUAUCAGCUCGAGUCAUGUGUCUUGAAUUGUAAUUAAUAAUGUGUAGCUGAUGAGAGAUUAACAAUCGUGGGAGCAGGCUACCGCUUACAAUAAACACGUUAAAAUAUAAAGCUACUUAACAA